AAAAGACAGCAAUUGGAAGGAAAUCAGAGAGAGAGAUGGAUCCUCCUCAUUCGCACACACAGUUACUGAAUAGCUGGCGUGGUGCCAAAUUUAUUUGGCGUGCUGUUCUCAUCUUCAAUCUCGGCCUCGGUGCUUGCCUCUUUACAAGACCUGCUAAGAAGGAAAAAAAAGCUAUCACUAGACAACCCAUUACUCCAGCUGAGAUUACUACUCCCACUCCACCCGCUCCUCAAAAUUUUGAACCCAUCUUUUCUCCUAUUCCAGAACCUGUGAAGGUGCCAGAUCCCCUUUCUGUAAAGCAGCAACGCAGUGUUUUUGGAUGGAUGCUAAAAGAGAAAGAGGAUGGUCAAACCUCAAAACCGAGAGGAGAAGAAGAUUUUCAAUGAAGAAAAUGCUCUACUGAAGCAGUUCAUACGAGCAGAUUACACCCUUGAAGAUCUGAUGUAACGUAAAUGUUUCUUGAUUCAAAAUUUUCUUAAGCUGCUUACCAUCAUUUAUGACUUGACAUAUUUUUUUUGUUACCUUCAAUCUAAUUGAUACUGUUACUUUUUGAGUAGGCAAUAUAGAUAAUAGAUGAUUUGGUACAGUAGAAUUUUUUAUUGCUAGUGGAGGAAA